GCUCCCACACGUCCGCAGGAAGAAUUCAUAAACACGCCUUCCACCAGCGAGUUGCAUCAGUUUAGCUUCGGUUAGACCUUCAAAACUUCAAAAUGAGUGGACGUGGAAAGGGAGGCAAAGGACUCGGUAAAGGAGGCGCCAAGCGUCACCGUAAAGUUCUCCGUGAUAACAUCCAGGGAAUCACCAAGCCAGCUAUCCGGCGUUUGGCUCGCCGCGGUGGAGUCAAGCGUAUCUCCGGUCUCAUCUACGAGGAGACCCGCGGAGUGUUGAAGGUUUUCCUGGAGAACGUCAUCCGUGAUGCCGUCACCUACACCGAGCACGCCAAGAGGAAGACUGUCACCGCCAUGGAUGUGGUCUACGCUCUCAAGAGACAGGGACGCACUCUCUACGGAUUCGGAGGUUAAACUGUCAUACAGACUUCAAACACAACCCAACGGCUCUUUUAAGAGCCACCCACUUAUAACAAAGAGUGGUCAUCCAUUUUAAUAUACUUAUUUUCUAUGCUCUGUAUACUAUGAUCAUCUAUGUCAAAAGCAUGGUGGUGAUAACCUGAUAAGCCAGACUGACUUGUUUUCACACAUCGAUUCGCCAGUGAAAAACAAGGAAACGGGCGUAUCCAUCUGCUUUGUAAGGUUGUGGUUGUGAGUAAUAUGAAAGGACUUGAAAUUAUUAUGAGUAAAAUGCCAUAGCUGCACACAGUAAAUAAAGUCUCCUGUUUCGGACUGGUCAAGCUUUCUUGGAGAAGAAGGGACCGAGUUGAAGGUGCUAAAAUGACCUGUGUGGAUUGAAGACAAUACAAGUGAUUUGGGGUCUCCAGUUGGAUGUGAAUCUGGGUGUUCAUAACAGCCAAUCCUUACAUCCUUUUCAACAACAUCCAUCUUUUAUGAAUUUUAAUCCGUAUGUUACUGAAUAUAAACAUAAUUAUUCCCUUAAGAGUGAUAUACCCCUCCAUCCCCAUUGAUUUAAUUUCAUUUGUUUCAUUUAUAUUUUAGAUGUCUCAUAUUUCUCUGAAAUAUUUUAUAACUUACACUCUCAAUCUUAAUCUGUUGAUAUCCUGAUUUUUUUUUUUUUUUUCUUCUCUCUGUUAUGAAGCACGGCUCCAAAAGCUGUUAUGUUUCAAAAGGACAACAUGAAUAAAGCUGAGUUUUUGAAAAAAUAUAUCUUUAAUUUGACAUAUGGGAGAGGAGUAAAAAGUAGUGUAUUUCUAUGUUUUGUAAGUGUAAAAGUACUGGUCACCCUCAAU